UCUACACCAUCGCACGAUUCAAACGGAAGAACACAACAACUACACAAGAUGCCUACUACAACUACUGAUGUGGGGCGCCAGCACACUAAGAAGUUCAAAUUCGUCUACAUGAUCAUCGUCCUCGCCAUCGCGAUCCCUUUAUUCCUCGGUCUCGUCCUCUGCUGCGUCUGGGGCCCUGCGAAAAGAAGAUGCCUGAGCCUCAAGAACAAAAUCUUCAAGAAAACAAAGCCUCGACGCGGCAAAGAUAGGAGUCAGGACGUUGAGAAGAACGGGGAAGAUGACGACACCGAAGAAGAGAAGAAUGAAGAUGGGGACGAGAAUCAAGACGUAGAUCAGCAGAGCAGAAAAGAUGACCCAAAAAAGAAGAAGAAGUUUUAUAGAGCCGAGUACGAUGCCGCGAGUUGGAAGAGGAGGAAGGAGAUGCGUGCGGAGAUGAGGAGCAAAAAGAACGAGGAGAGGAGGAAGCGCGGGUUAGCUGAAGACGUAAGCAUGAAGGAUAUGGUGCAGAGUCGUCCGCCUCCACCGGAAUUCAAUGCUGCAGUACAGGCGGGGAUAGAGAAAAGAGAGGGAGGGUUAAAGAUGCUGUGUUGA